GAUUCCUGAGGUCUGUGGUCCAAACUCAAUCUGCAACAACACUGCUGGGAGUUACAAUUGCUCGUGUAUGAGUGGAUAUAAUGUAACAGACCCGAAUCUCCGAAUAAACAUCAGUAACCCAUGCAAAGAUAUUGAUGAAUGUCUUGACCCGUCAUCAGUGUGUGGGCCAAACGCUUACUGUCACAAUUACAAUGGGAGUUACUCGUGCUCUUGUUGGGAAGGAUAUAACAUCAUUAAUGGAAAUCAAAGUUUAAGUGACAGUAACCCAUGCACUGAUGUGAAUGAAUGUGAUGAGAUACCUGAGAUCUGUGGUCCAAACUCAAUCUGCAACAACACUGCUGGGAGUUACAAUUGCUGGUGUAUGAGUGGAUAUAAUGUAACAGACCUGAACCUCCCUAUAAACAUCAGUAACCCAUGCAGAGAUAUUUAUGAAUGUCUUGACCCAUCAUCAGUGUGUGGGCCGAACGCUUACUGUCACAAUUACAAUGGAAGUUACACAUGUUCUUGUUGGGAAGGAUAUAACAUCACUGAUGUAUCUCAGAAUAUUAGUAACAGUAAUCCAUGCAUUGAUGUGAAUGAAUGUGUUGAGAUUCCUGAGGUCUGUGGUCCAAACUCAAUCUGCAACAACACUGCUGGGAGUUACAAUUGCUCGUGUAUGAGUGGAUAUAAUGUAACAGACCUGAAUCUCCCUAUAAACAUCAGUAACCCAUGCACAGAUGUGAAUGAAUGUGUUGAGAUUCCUGAGGUCUGUGGUCCAAACUCAAUCUGCAACAACACUGAUGGGAGUUACAAUUGCUCGUGUAUGAGUGGAUAUAAUGUCACAGACCCAAACCUUCCUUUAAGCAUCAGUAACCCAUGCAGAGAUAUUAAUGAAUGUCUUGACCCAUUAUCAGUGUGUGGGCCGAACGCUUACUGUUACAAUUACAAUGGAAGUGACUCUUGCUCUUGUUGGGAAGGAUAUAACAUCACUAAUGUAUCUCAAAAUAUCAGUAAAACUAACCCAUGCACUGAUGUGAAUGAAUGUGUUGAGAUUCCUGAGAUUUGUGGUCUAAACUCAAUCUGCAACAACACUGCUGGGAGUUACAAUUGCUCGUGUAUGAGUGGAUAUAAUGUAACAGACCUGAACCUCAAUAUAAACAUCAGUAACCCAUGCACAGAUGUGAAUGAAUGUGUUGAGAUUCCUGAGGUCUGUGGUCCAAACUCAAUCUGCAACAACACUGAUGGCAGUUACAAUUGCUCGUGUAUGAGUGGAUAUAAUGUCACAGACCCGAACCUUCCUUUAGGCAGCAGUAACCCAUGCAGAGAUAUUUAUGAAUGUCUUGACCCAUCAUCAGUGUGUGGUCCGAACGCUUACUGUCACAAUUACAAUGGAAGUUACACAUGUUCUUGUUGGGAAGGAUAUAACAUCACUGAUGUAUCCCACAAUAUUAGUAACAGUAACCCAUGCACUGAUGUGAAUGAAUGUGAUGAGAUUCCUGAGAUCUGUGGUCCAAACUCAAUCUGCAGCAACACUGCUGGGAGUUACAAUUGCUCGUGUAUGAGUGGAUAUAAUGUAACAGACCUGAACCUCCCUAUAAACAUCAGUAACCCAUGCACAGAUAACAAACAGUUUUUCUAA